AUGGUCAUGACUCCGUCCGAACAGAAGCGCAGCUCCACUGGCAGCCGCGUGCUGGGCAUGACGGGCCCAGCAGGAGAGCCCGGCCUGCCGCCGUCCCGGCCGUCGUCCAUUGCGACUGCAAACUCGGGCAGCCAGAACAGAUGGUCGCAGGCCAGCCCCGCGCGACGAGGCGGCAUGAGCGUCGCCGGCAGUAUCGGACACCAGAGUCGCCCAACGACAUCUACGAGUAGAACCCAUGUUCCACUGGCCGCCCACGGAUUCUUUCGCCCCAUGAGCUCGCAGCGCCUCCAACAACAGCGCAACCAGCGCCCCACCUCCCUCCUCGGUCACAGCUCGCUCUACUCAGAGGCUACACACGAGACGGGUAGCAAUCCCUACCGCCAAAGCACAGGGUCGACACAAACAAUCCGGGGUGCCCCGACGCUGGGCCUCCACCACGAGCAUGACCCGCAGUCUCCGCCUUCGCGCGGCACAGACAUUACCGACAGAGAUAUGCCUGACCGCACCACUGCCAACACCACGCCCACAGGCGCGGAGACGGUGCGUAGUCGUGGCGAAAGUAUUACACCUCUGCAGCGGCCCAGGCCCCAGCAUCUCGACCUGUCCAACACCCAUGGCCAUAAUUCCAACAAGGACCCAACGCCCAACAAAUCCCCUCGUUCUUUUGGAUCCAGCUUUAUGCUAUCUAGUCGCGAUGGGCGCUCAGCUCAGAUGCGACCCCAUCAAGGACAUGAGAAGCUUACGUCCGCCGAAUCCUCCCCUAGGCUAGCCCGCAAGGAAGCUACCAAAGAAGCAGUCAAGCGGGAGUUGGGCAAGAACUAUCAGUACUUCUCUGGCAAUACUGCGUUUUGCUGGGGCGGCAGGCUACAAAAUACGCGAGACCGGCCGGUUAACGUAGCCACGGCUAUAUUAAUCAUUUUACCUGCUGCUCUCUUUUUCGGGUUCUCGGCACCUUGGCUAUGGACCCACGUUUCUCCUUCGAUACCCAUUCUCUUUGCAUACUUGCUUCUAGUUUCCAUUUCCUCGUUUUUCCAUGCGUCCGCUUCGGAUCCCGGCAUACUGCCCCGGAAUCUACAUCCAUUUCCUCCGCCUAAUCCUAAUGACGACCCGCUCAAUCUCGGACCUCCCACCACUGAGUGGACCAUGGUCGUUUCCGCAACCGGCACCAAUGCUGCUAUGGAAGUGCCGACGAAGUACUAUCAUCAUUGCGUCUGGCUCAACAACUGCGUGGGACGCCGCAACUACCGUUACUUUUUCGUCUUCGUCUGUGCCACCACCUUGCUAGGGCUUUUUCUCCUAGGCGCUAGCCUGGCACAUCUCUUGGUCUGGCGAGCACAAAAUGGAGCAUCUUUUGGUGAGGCUAUUGAUCGAUGGCGUGUGCCCUUUGCCAUGUGUAUAUAUGGACUCCUGGGAUGGUCAUACCCCUUCAGCCUUGGUGUGUACCAUCUCUUCUUGGUUGGCAGGGGCGAGACGACACGUGAAUAUCUCAACUCGCACAAGUUCCUUAAAAAAGAUCGACAUAGACCUUUUACACAGGGCUCAGUCUUGAAGAACUGGAUCGCUGUAUUGCAACGACCGCGUCCGCCGACGUAUUUGCACUUCAAGAGAAGGUACGAGGAAGGCGAUCAGAGGUUUGGCCCGCGCAGAGAUAAACGCACUGCACCUUUGGCUCCAGAGCAGCAGGGCGGCGGAGUGGAGAUGCAGGAUGUUCGCGGGUCGGAGGCGUUCCAGGGCCCAAGUAGCAGGUCUGGACGUGACGCUGCAGAUGCGACUGUGGCAUGA